UGUCCGUGACGUGUUGCGAUGGAGACGGUGUCCCUGGAGCACCAGAUCCAGAGCGUGCAACGGCACAUCGCUUUCUUGAAGAAACAGCAGCUGGAGCUGCUCCAUGACUUGCACCUGGAGAUUUUGCGCCUGCAGAAGCACUGCACGGAGUUGACCCAUGAUCUUGAAAUGAGAGAAUUAGAAGCCAGCCAGCAAGACCUUCUUGACCAGGAGUUGGAAGAGAAGUGCAAGAUCAUGGAGAGCCAGCUUCAGGAGAAAGAGAAGGACAACCUGGCGCUGCGCAAGGAGCUGAGGCAGAAGGAGAGCUUGGUGGCCGCGCUCCGGUCCAACCUGAGGAAUAAAGAGAGGAAGUUCCUGGAGGAGCUCAAGAGGAGAAGCCACCGGGUGACCAUCCUGAACACAGAGCUGCAGAAGCAGACGGAGGCGGCUGCGUAUCUCUCUUUCCAGCUGCAUGCCACCAAGCAGAAGUUUCUCAGCUCCAAGCAGGGCGGGAAACCACUGCCGGAUCGGCCUUCAGAGAAGGGCUUCCUCCCUCCAGCUUCCGGGGAGGUCCGGCCCAAAAAGAGGACUCAGAAAUCCCACGCCCGCAGGCAGGUCGCCGGCUCCUUCCAUGGCAAAGGGGCCUUCAGGGACUCCUCGUCUCGAGAGCGGCUAAGCAGCUUGGACGAGACCGAUCCGAUGCCCGACCCGGCGCUUUUUUUGUACGCCAAACGGCACCACGCCCCGGCCCGCCGGGCCAAACCGGAGCCCAAAGCGUCGGCCAGGGGCGCCCCCCAAACGGACGCCGACCGCAGCGACGCCCGAGGCUGCCGGCCAAAAUCUCCCCGCCAGGCUUCCCACGAUGCGGCGGAGCCGGCCUGCAGCAUCAGGACUUUGGGGGAGACGCGGCCGCCGUCCAAAGGGGAGCCGUGCCACCGAAACGGCUCGAGCCCCCGAGCUUCCAAAGACUCAGAGUAAAAAAAAAAAGAAGAAAGGAAAUAAAGAGAGAGAAAGAGAGCAGGGAAACCGGAAAAAGCCACACACACGCCAUUCUGACGCCGCUUUUCUGAAGAGGUCACCCCACUGGAAGGCCGAUCUUUUUUCAAGCACAUCACAAAACCCGGAGCGAAGUUUUGGGGAGACGCUUAACAUCGUCAAAGCCCCCGUCUUCUCUGUCCAAUCAUCACCACACCAAAAUAGCCGUGGGCUCUCACCAGGAAGGGUCUCGGCAACGGCCGGAGGGGGGGAGCCUCGCCAGCCGGUGCUGGAUUUGUGCUGUGGAGAGAUCGUAGGAGUCGGAGCUGAAGUGAAUGUAGUAAAAGUUACUUGCCUUUAGCCUCAGCAAACGGCGUUGCACAACGUUUGGGCAAAGAGGUUUGACACACCGAACCUCGAGUUUCCGUGCCUUGCGAUUACAGCGUGUUGACUUUUUCCUUUUUUUCCAAAUUGGAAAUUCAGAUGUUUGAGUGCUGAGCCCUGACAUCUGGAUUUUGACUUCUCUGAAUGUGUCUGAUCCAUCCCACCUCCAAGGAGAGUGUGAUGUAUUUGUUUUAAUUGCGUGUGUGUUUCACUGGGACAUUUUCUCCCAUCGACUCCAGGAAAAAAAAGAUGGCCUUGAAGUGUGGAGUGUUUGGGGUCAGGAACUGACCAAGGAGGCAUCGAGGAGCUGAAAGAUGUUUUGAAAUUCUCUAGAUCUGGGUAUUCUUUUAUAUUAGGAUAUAUGUCUCCUACCCUCCUUCCUUAUGGAUGCAAGAAAGCAGAAGUGUCAGUCUUAAGUGUUUCUCAAACUGGGGUCCCCAGAUGUUCUUGGACUGCGAUUCCCAGAAGCCUUCAACCCUUGCGGUGCUGGCCAGGAUUUCUGGGAGCUGUAGUCCAAGAACAUCUGAGGACCCCAGUUUGAGAACCACUGAAAAUUGCUGGUUCCUAAUCUUGAGUCCAUAGUAUGUAUCUGAUUACAACGCUCAAAAGCUGUGACCUUUGGCUCUGCUGGCUCGGGAUUCUGGGAGUUGAAGUCCAACAAGGUUGGGAACUACUGGUCGAAAGCAUACAAUAUGGAUGACGAAUAUAGGUCUGGGAUUUUCAGAUGUUCUGCGGUACACAUGCUAUAAUUUUUGAUUUCUGGGACAUUAUAGGCACAUUACAGACACUUCAGUGUGGCUCGCCUGGGAGUAAGGCCUGAGUUGGGAGGCUUUGAGGCCUAGCUAGGCCUAGCUUCCUGCUCAGAAAGAAAAGUCUCAGCUAGCACUGGGGCUGGAACAGGAAGCUCAGGCAAAGCUAGGCCGAGCUUCGCCUCAAAGCCUUCUAAUUAAGGCCUUUCUCCCACAUGUAUUUGUAAGGUGCCUAUGUGGUAAAUAGGACUCUCAGAAUGGGAAAACACGGUAUCUGUAUUCCAGAAAAUCCCAAAAUCUGGAAACUUAAGUGGCAUUAGCUGAAAUUCAGGAGAGUGUUUGAAUGAUAGGAGAUCACAAUAUUUUUUUGUGCCUGCCACUUUAGCUAUUUUUCUUCUCUUGGUUUGCGAAGGAAAUACGAUUUGUCCAAAACCGUGAAGAAGGCGUGAAUCCUGUCCUUCCUUCCUAUCUGUUCCUUCAUCAAUUGAGCACCGAUAGCCAUCCUUAGUUAAAAGAGGCAAUGGUAGCUUUGCAUCCUUAGUUAUAUUUGGGCAGGAGCUGAAACGAUGGGUAGAGUGGUUCUUGAAAUAAAAUAAAAUAGAACCUGGACAUUCCAGAUAAUAAGCUUUCUCUCUACCUUACAAUCUCCUGCUUGAGACAGUAUUUUUUUUUUAAUAUUUGGGCCCUACCAAAUUUUGGAAAAUGAGAUUUUAAACCGAAAGUCAAACUGAAAAUCUUAAAUUUUCCUCACAGGUUGGAUUUGUGCAUUAAAAAAUUGAAUUUUAACCUGAGAAGGGUGUAAAUAGGGAGGUAGAUGGACAGAUCAUUUCUUUGAUGUUUAAGAACCACGAUCUCAAUUUUAAGCCCAGAAUCUGGGCUGUCUUUACCAUGUUGCUUCCACCAGAAUCAAUCCCUCUCCUCAAUUCCACUGACAUGAAUUCUGCCUCCUUGCAUCAUGGCUUAAGCAUCUGGCAAAGUGCUUGGAGUUAAAAGGUUCCUUUGAACGGCCAUUAUUGCUGGUGGUGGGGAAAUAUUUAAGAGGAUUUAAGCCAUGGACCCGGCCUUCCUAACACCAUAAAUGUUUUCCCAGGAAUUCAAGCACUGGUCUGCCUGUUGUGAAACUGAAUACAGUAAGACCCUGGUAUCUGCAGGAUCAGUUAUCUGCAGAUACUAUCCACGAUCUGAAAGUAUUAUAGAUAUAUAUUAAUUA